ACAAAAUACAGAUCGUCGAACUUAACUAGACCAGCCUUUCCUGUAAUCGAAUGAUUUCGCUUCAUCAAAUGCCUUUUUGCUCUCUGAUUAUCUUCUUUUGUAACUCUCUUCGUUUCUGACGUUAUAUACAUAUUUUUCUCAAUUUAAAUUUCAGUUAAGAAUACCUUGACCAUAGCAAUUACAAUUGAACGAUACACAUGGAAGCGUGGUCGAACGAUACCUAUUUGUAAACAACACCGUUCCAGUCACGUAAACUCUUCCUCGUUACCUUUCCGUACAUUCACUUUCUUUGCUUCUUCGAUCUCCCAACAAGACAAAUCAGAACCCCAGGGCUCAUAUUCGCUUCUUAUCGUAACUGCUUUAAUCGUUCUUGUUUUUCCUGAUUUACAAUUUUUCUACCAAAUGGAAUUUAUCACUUGAUUAACUCUCUCACCUCUUUUCUCUCGUAUCCUUUCCAAUCUCGUUGAAAGAGGAUAAGAAGAUGAGUUCAGUAAAUAAAUUUAUAAAAUCUCUUUGACGCAUCAACAGUCAUCUUAAGUGACAAGUGCACUGUAAGAUAAUUCUAAAAAAAAGAAUGCCAGCUUAAUCAAAAGGAGAUGAAAAAUCAGUCAGAAUUUCUCGAAGUCCUGCCAAUACCCUGGCUCGAGGAUAACGAGCUCUCGAUGAAUGCCAAGAUGUCCCUGCUACGAUUUCCCUGUCCACGUUGUAACAAGAGUUACACGACCAAGAGUGCCGUGACGGCCCACUAUAAAUACGACUGCGGAAAACCACCAAGAUUCGAGUGUCCAUACUGCGGGAAGCUGAGCAAGAAGAAAUUCAACGUCCAGGAUCACAUACGACACAAGCACCGCGCGAAGCCUGUCGUUUGCAAUACUUUAUUUUAGUAUUUAUAAGACUGACCAAUCGAUACCGAAAAAAAGACAAUUGAUUGGCAAUCGAUUGCUUUAAAAAAAUCUGUCGAUCAUCAUCGUCGUCGAUUCACUUCCCGGCUCCUGGACCACUUUUAAUUGAUCCUAAAAACGCGGUUAACCAUGGGAAUCAAAAAGCCAUCGUUCCCCUUGUACCUAAACGAACGUUUUGACUCGAAAGAAAAAUAAAGUAAAGAAGGUCAAAAUGAGGAACAAAGAGCACAGAAUUCUCGUAGAUACUUUUACAAAUGGGAUCGGGAUGAGGGCAAGUAAUGUCGGCUUGACUUGUAGGUAACAAUUGUAUUAUCUCUUCUCUGACUAUGCCGUUACCACAGUCACGUAUCUUAUCUACUUAUCUGCAUGUGACCCUGCUCCAUAUAUUUUGCACAAGAGGUUUACGGCGAUAAUUAUUCAAUUUUCGAAUUCAAUCGAGUCGAUCAAGACCUGAUCCCUUCCUAAUUUU